UGACGACUACUGUAUUCACUGUUAAUAACCACGACUUGGUAAUCAUACUAUUAUUUUAGGUUUUAUGGUGGUUCACUUUUGUAUAUAACCGUUGGAUGUUUUACGAGUACAUGUUUUUAAUAACUUUCGUCCAAAUAAUCGUGUACAAACUAAACGACGAAAUAUCGAAGGGUAUCAUUCCCAUUGGCAAAUUGUUCACUAUGUAUACUAGUACUUUGGAUAGCCUGAAUGCCAUAAACAGAUCCAUUGUCGGAGCACCAGUGCUUAUUAAUAUUAUAAUGGGAUAUCUGUCGUCUAUCAUCUAUAUGUUAUAUCACUAUGUUCUAUUUAAAGGCAUGUUUGUUAAAGUCGAUGUACACCGUUUUUUCCCGAUUCUUGACGUAUUGAUGAGACUGUUCGACAUCGCCAUGUUGUAUUACCUUUGCCAGACCACCGAAAAAGAGGUGAGGCGGACAACUUUGAUUUUAAAUAGACUAUCCAUAACAGCUAAUCCCACACUUCGCCGAAAGAUUGCUUUUUUUUCAUUACGGAGAUUACAUGCUAAUUUCCAUUUUGAGCUGUGUGGAUUUUAUAAAAUUAACUUAAG